ACAACGAAUUACGGCGUUUUUAUUCAUCAAAUAAGUUUGAAUCAUUAAUAAUAACCUAUAGAUGUUCCCUAUACAUUUAAUUGAACCAUAGCAGACAAAAUGUUCACUGAUUGCAUCGCUUUUUGUUUGCUUGCUGUUCUGGGUACUAAGAAAAAAUUAUUAGAACUGAAUAAUACUAUUAGUCAAAGUUUCAAGAGAUAAAGUUCACUUUUUAAAUAGUAAAUUUAUUUAUUUAAGGAGCUGAAGAUUCAUUUUCGUUUUGAUGUAUAGUAUUCGACAUAUAUCCUGUAAUCUAGUAGAAGGACAAUUAAAGAAAAGAAGUAGUAACUGGAUCCUUGGAGUAAGCAGUAGAUUUACUUCAUCGUAUUCUGGGAAAAAGCCCAUGAUGAAAACAUCGGAAAAAUUUCAAAGUAGUGUAAAUAGCAGCAUGUCAGGGUCAUUGUCAAGUUUACAAAAUGAGGAAGUAACAAGAUUCGAUAAUAUCGUGAAAAGUGAAGAAGAUAAACGACUUUAUAGAGGUCUUAAACUUGACAAUGGGAUAAAAGUAUUGCUAAUUUCCGAUUCAUCAACUGAUAAGAGUGCAUGUUGCCUAUCAUGUGAAAUUGGACAUAUGAGCGAUCCAUUGGAUCUUCCUGGACUAGCUCAUUUUGUUGAACAUAUGUUAUUCUUAGGAACAAAAAAAUACCCAAACGAAAAUGAAUACAGCAGUUUUUUAAGCAAGAAUAGUGGCUCAUCCAAUGCAGCUACAUACCCAGACUUGACAAAGUUCUAUUUUGACGUAAUGCCAGAAAAGUUUGAAGAUGCUAUCGAUAGAUUUUCUCAAUUUUUUAUUGCACCGCUAUUUACUGAGAGCGCAACAUUACGUGAAAUUAACGCUGUACAUUCUGAACAUGAAAAAAAUCUAGCAACUGAUGUUUGGCGUAUAAGACAAGUUCAGAAAGCUCUAGCAAAUCCAGAACAUCCAUUCGCUAAAUUCGGAACUGGGAACAAAGAAACGCUGUUGGAUAUUCCCAAGCAAAAUGGCAUUGACACGAGAGCUGAAUUAAUUAAAUUUCAUGACAAAUUUUAUUCAUCAAACUUAAUGACUCUUGCUAUAUUCGGGAAGGAAUCACUCGAUGAGCUUGAGGAAUUGACAACUAAAUACUUUUCUGGAAUUGAAAAUAAAAAUGUAUCACUUCCAGUAUGGAGCGAUAAAAUCUUUCUCGAUGAUCAAAAAAUGACAAAAGUCUUUAUUGUACCCAUUAAAGACACCAGAAAUUUGACAAUUUCUUUCCAAAUUCCAGACAUGGAUGAAUAUUUUCGAAGUGGGCCUGAACAUUAUAUUUCGCAUUUAGUUGGUCACGAAGGCAAAGGAUCGAUCUUAUCGGAAUUAAAAUCUAGAGGGUGGUGCAACAAUUUAGUCGGUGGAGCAAGUUCAAGCGCAAAAGGAUUUGGAUUCUUUGAAAUAUCUGUUGAUUUAACUGAAUCAGGAUUUGAGAAUAUUGAUGACAUCAUAAAGCUCAUCUUUCAAUAUUUAAACUUGCUGAGGGAGAAAGGUCCACAAAAAUGGAUAUUCGAUGAAUAUUGCAAGUUGAAUGAAAUGCAAUUUCGAUUUAAAGAUAAAGAGAAUCCAUUAUCUUUGGUCUCAAAUAUUGUGCAUCAAAUGAUUACUUAUCCAAUCCCUGAUGUCUUAUCUGCCAAUUACAUUCUUACAGAAUGGCGUGAAGAUUUAAUAAAUGACAUCUUGCAAAGAUUAAAUCCUCAAAAUUGCAGAAUCACAAUCGUUGGUCAGAAAAUUGGAGAUAAAUGCACUGAAACUGAGAAAUGGUAUUCAACCAAGUAUCAUACUGAAAAAAUCGAUCCUGAAACAAUUGAGAGAUGGACAAAUUGUGGAACAAAUAAAAAAUUAUACUUGCCAGAACCAAACCUGUUUAUUCCAACAGAUUUCAAUCUGUUGUCUGUUGAGACAAAUGAAAAAAUUCAUCCAUUAAUAAUUCACGAUAUGCCUUGGAUGAGAGUCUGGUACAAACAAGACAACGAAUUUUUAAAGCCGAAAAUGUUUAUUGGAGUUGACUUCAGCAAUCCUAAUGUGUAUUCUGAUCCAUUGAAUUGCAAUUUAACUCAUUUAUUCGUGUCAUUGUUUAAAGAUAGCAUCAAUGAAUUUCUUUAUGCUGCUGAACUCGCUGGCUUACGUUUCAAUAUCUCUAAUACUACAAAUGGAAUCAGUAUGAUUAUCAGCGGAUAUUCUGACAAACAAAGCAAGUUGCUUGAAACGAUUUUGGAUAAAUUAUUCAGCUUUGAUUUUGACAAUAAGCGAUUUGAAAUCAUGUGCGAACAAUACGAACGUGGACUGAAGAAUUUCAAUGCCGAACAGCCUUAUCAGUUGGCUAUUUACCAUCUUGCCGUCAUUUUAACCGAACAAGCUUGGACGAAACGAGAAUUGAUCGAUGCAAUGAAAUUGGUUAAUGCUGAUCGUUUAAGAGAUUUCAUCAAGGACAUUCUUUCACGAUUACAUGCAGAAGCAUUCAUCUACGGCAAUGUAAACAAAGAAAAAGCAACGCAAAUAUCAAAACUUAUUGAGAAUAAAUUGAAAAAAACUAAUGCUUAUGUUUUACCUCAGCUUGCCAGACAAUUAAUUCUUAAGAGAGAAUAUAAAUUAAACGAAGGUGAAAAGUAUUUAUUUAAAACUCAAAAUGAAUUCCAUAAAAGCAGUUGUUCUAGUCUAUAUCUCCAAUGUGGCGUUCAGGAAGAUAGCAGUAACGUGUUUUUAGAUUUAGUGGCUCAAAUCUUGUCAGAACCUUGUUACAAUGUAUUAAGGACACAAGAUCAGCUUGGGUAUAUUGUUUUUUCCGGUGUUCGCAAGGCAAACGGAGCAAAAGGUAUGAGAAUCCUUGUGCAGUCGGCAAAAAAUUUAGAAUAUGUUGAUCAUAGGAUAGAAAAGUUUUUGGAAUCGAUGGUUACUGAAAUUGAAAAGAUGAGUGACGAAGAGUUUUUAAGGCACAAGGAGGCCUUAAAAGCAGCGAAAUUAGAAAAGCCUAAAAGAUUAUCAGCCCAAUACUCGCAAUAUAUCAAUGAGAUUUCAUUACAGCAGUACCAUUUUGAUAGAUCUGAGAAAGAAGUUGAAAUUUUAGCAUCAAUAACAAAAGAUCAAGUUCUUGACUAUUACAAGCACUUUAUUACUCCAAAUGCCGAAGCACGUCAAUCAGUGCUCAUACACAUUGUUUCUAAUCCAGAGAACAUUGAGCAGGUCGAAAUUCCAGAAGAUGAAGCAAAACCAUCAAAGGAAUACACACCAAUAACCGAUCUCGCUAUAUUUAAAUCCUCUAAACAGCUUUAUCCAUUAGCGAAAAGCUAUAUUAGUAUAGUUCCAAAAGGUGCAAAGAGUAAAUUGUAA